GGGGGGAGGGGCGGAGCGUGGCAGCUGGCAGUAGUUCCGUCAGAGCGGACAUCUUGUGGCUGUGUCGUGCGCGUGAGCCCCGUAGGGCCGGGGAGGCACCAGCUGCCGCGCGGGGAGGAGGCCGAGGCCGCAGCUUGAGGGAGGCCCCGGCCCCUCUGCGCCUGUGUCUGGCAGAGCCGGUGUGAGACGAAGAGACAAUCCUUCCCUGCCGCCCGGAUAAUCAAGAGUUUUGGCCGGACCUUUGAGCACACACCGAGAGAGUGAGGAGCCAGACGAAAAGCACAGACUAUGGCGCUGAAACGGAUUAAUAAGGCUUUUAACUGGAAAGGAAGAGUAUUUCUAAGGAAGAAAAGGCCUGGGUUCUCAUGCUAGCCAGGUGUGCAGGAAGGUUUCAGGAGAAGCAGUUCAGAGGAAGAUGAUCCAAAAAGAAAAUUCCCUCCAGGAGAACACACCAUGGCAAAGAGAUGUCUAACUUUGGAACUUAGUGAUUUGGCCCGUGACCCUCCAGCACAAUGUUCUGCAGGUCCAGUUGGGGAUGAUAUGUUUCAUUGGCAAGCCACAAUUAUGGGACCUAAUGACAGCCCAUAUCAAGGCGGUGUAUUCUUUUUGACAAUUCAUUUUCCUACAGACUACCCCUUCAAACCACCUAAGGUUGCAUUUACAACAAGAAUUUAUCAUCCAAAUAUUAACAGUAAUGGCAGCAUUUGUCUCGAUAUUCUAAGAUCACAGUGGUCUCCUGCUUUAACUAUUUCUAAAGUUCUUUUAUCCAUUUGUUCACUGCUAUGUGAUCCAAACCCAGAUGACCCCCUAGUGCCAGAGAUUGCACGGAUCUAUAAAACAGACAGAGAUAAGUACAAUAGGUUAGCAAGAGAGUGGACAGAGAAAUACGCUAUGUUGUAGGGUACAACAGAAUAUCUCGGGAAUGGACUCAGAAGUAUGCCAUGUGAUGCUACCUUAAAGUCAGAAUAACCUGCAUUAUAGCUGGAAUAAACUUUAAAUUACUGUUCCUUUUUUGAUUUUCUUAUCCGGCUGCUCCCCUAUCAGACCUCAUCUUUUUUAAUUUUAUUUUUUGUUUACCUCCCUCCAUUCAUUCACAUGCUCAUCUGAGAAGACUUAAGUUCUUCCAGCUUUGGACAAUAACUGCUUUUAGAAACUGUAAAGUAGUUACAAGAGAACAGUUGCCCAAGAUUCAGAAUUUUUUUAAAAAUGGAGCAUGUGUAUUAUGUGGCCAAUGUCUUCACUCUAACUUGGUUAUGAGACUAAAACCAUUCCUCACUGCUCUAACAUGCUGAAGAAAUCAUCUGAGGGGGAGGGAGAUGGAUGCUCAGUUGUCACAUCAAAGGAAGCAGCAUUAUUCUAGCAUCCAGUCUUUUUUUAAGCCUUCCACUGUUAGAGAUUUGAGGUUACAUGAUAUACUUUAUGCUCAUAACUGAUGUGGCUGGAGAAUUGGUAUUGAAUUUAUAGCAUCAGCAGAACAGAAAAUGUGAUGUAUUUUAUGCAUGUCAAUAAAGGAAUGACCUGUUCUUGUUCUACAGAGAAUGGAAAUUGGAAGUCAAACACCCUUUGUAUUCCAAAAUAGGGUCUCAAACAUUUUGUAAUUCUCAUUUAAAUUGUUAGGAGGCUUGGAGCUAUUAGUUAAUCUAUCUUCCAAUACACUGUUUAAUAUAGCACUGAAUAAAUGAUGCAAGUUGUCAAUGGAUGAGUGAUCAACUAAUAGCUCUGCUAGUAAUUGAUUUAUUUUUCUUCAAUAAAGUUGCAUAAACCAAUGAGUUAGCUGCCUGAAUUAAUCAGUAUGGGAAACAAUCUUUUGUAAAUGCAAAGCUGUUUUUGUAUAUACUGUUGGGAUUUGCUUCAUUGUUUGACAUCAAAUGAUGAUGUAAAGUUCAAAAGAGUGAAUAUUUUGCCAUGUUCAGUUAAAAGUGCACAGUCUGUUACAGGUUGACACAUUGAUUGACCUGAUUUAUGCAGAAUUAAUAAGCUAUUCGGAUAGUGUAGCUUUAGUAUGCUGCACGUGAUCCUGGCAGCCCUGGAGUUCAUAGAUGGACUUGGGACCCAGCAGUUUUGAAACAUGUAUAUGGAGUUGAAGUUUAUUUUCCAGGUGCAACCCCCAUCUAACUAAAUUUUUUUCUUCACCUUGUACACUUGACAGCUGAAAAAACCAUAACAUGGGAGUAAUAAUGGGUCAAAAUUUACAAAAUAAAGUACUGUUUUGGUGUGGGAGUUGUCAUGAGGCUGUGUUGAAGUGACUUAACUAUGUGGGAUAUUGAAUAUCCAUUGAAAUGGAUUUGUUCAGCCAUUUACAUUAAUGAGCAUUUAAAUGCUACAAAUAUCAUUUCAGGUGACUUAACAUGAAUGAAUAAAAGUCAAUGCUAUUGGAUUAUU